CCGUUGUCAGUGCUGACGUUGAUGAUGGCGGCUGUGGACCAGUCUCUCCUGGAUCUGACCGAUAAAGAGACCCGUGAAAAGCUGUCUUUGUGGGAUCACCGCUCCGAUGCUACUGCACCUUUGACAGAAAGGCAGUCGGACUCCAUCCUGGAUAUCCGUACUGCCGCUGAGAGUAUCCCCGUGCCCGCUGAGCUGCCCAUCGAGGACCUGUGCAGCCUGACAUCGCUGUCCCUGAGCUCCUCGUUCACGGCUGCAGUUCCUGCCUCCACAGAGGACGUCCUGCUGAAGGGCUUCCAGUCCCUGGGUCUGGAGAACACCAAAAUAGAGACGGCACAACAGUUUUUUUCCUGGUUUUCCAAAUUGCAGUCGCAGAUGGAUCAAGAUGAAGGAGAAAAGUACAGGAAGACCAGGGAGCAUCUGAGUGGGUACCAGGACCAGUGUGAUGCCAUCCUGAACGACGUGAACCAGGCUCUGGAGCAGCUGGGCUCCCUGCAGAAACAGUACCUGUUUGUGUCCACAAAAACAGGGACCCUGCACGAAGCCUGUGAACAGCUGCUGAAAGAACAGUCGGAGCUGGUGGACUUGGCUGAGAGCAUACAGCAGAAGCUGUCAUAUUUCAAUGAGCUGGAGAACAUAAACACAAAAUUGAACUCGCCCACCCUGUCUGUGAACAGUGAUGGCUUUAUACCAAUGCUGUCAAAGUUGGACGACUGCAUAGAAUAUGUCUCUUCACAUCCAAACUUCAAGGACUACCCAGUUUAUCUGGCCAAGUUUAAACAAUGUCUCUCCAAAGCCAUGCACCUAAUGAAGACGUUUACUGUGAACACGCUGUACAACCUCACCAGCCAGCUGACCAAACGGGACCCGUUGGGUGCGGCGAGUACAGACAAUGCCUUUACGCUCUACUACGUCAAAUUCAGAGCCGCAGCUCCGAAAGUCAGGACGCUGAUAGAACAGAUUGAACAGAGGUCAGAGAAAAUACCGGAGUACCAGCAGCUGCUGGGGGAAAUUCACCAGUGCUACCUGGACCAGAGAGAGCAGCUCCUGAGUCCCAGCAUCAGCAGCACCAUCACAGACCUGACUAGCCACAGCCACAAGGACCACUGCGCCCUGGUUCGCAGUGGCUGUGCAUUCAUGGUUCAUGUGUGUCAGGAUGAACAUCAGCUCUUCAAUGAGUUCUUCUCCAAACCCACACCUAGGCUAGACGAGCUCCUGGAGAAGCUGUGUCUCUCUCUGUACGACGUGCUCCGCCCCCUCAUCAUCCACGUCAUCCACCUGGAGACGCUGUCGGAGCUGUGCGGCAUCCUGAAGAACGAGAUGCUGGAGGACCACGUGCACAACAACGCUGGGCAACUGGGAGCCUUCGACGCCGUGGUAAAGCAGAUGUUGGAGGAUGUGCAGGAGCGGCUGGUGUACAGGACUCACAUCUACAUCCAGACCGACAUCAUCGGCUACAACCCCGCGCCCGGGGACCUGGCCUACCCCGAGAAACUGGAGAUGAUGGAGAAAAUCGCGCAGAGUCUGAAGGAGGAGCAGAUGAAGAUGGCGUCUCCGGACACCUCCUUCUCUGAGGUGCAGCUGGAGGAGCCCAACGCCAAGAAGAGCUCUGGCGGUACGGAGGCAUCACGGCCCCUGGCCUCUAUCUCCCCCGCGGACCUGCACGGGAUGUGGUACCCCACGGUCCGCCGCACGCUGGUGUGUCUGUCCAAGCUGUACCGCUGCAUCGACAGGGCGGUGUUUCAGGGCCUCUCGCAGGAGGCUCUGUCUGCCUGCAUCCAGUCCUUACUGAAAGCCAGUGAUGUCAUCAUGAAGAACAAGACUCAGAUCGACGGGCAGCUGUUUCUGAUCAAGCACCUGCUGAUCAUGCGGGAGCAGAUCGCUCCCUUCCACACGGACUUCGCCAUCAAGGAGAUCUCUCUGGACCUGAAGAAAACCAGAGACGCUGCGUUCAAAAUCCUGAACCCCAAGAAGGUUCCAAGUUUCUUCAGGCUCAACAGUCACAACGCCAUCCUUGAGUUCCUCCUGGAGGGAACGCCGGAGAUCAAGGAGCACUACAUCGACUCUAAGAAGGAUGUGGACCGUCACCUGAAGUCCAGUUGCGAGCAGUUCAUCCAGCAGCAGAGCCUCCUGUUCAUAGGGACCCUGGAGGAGUUCCUGACCAAGGUGUCUGCACUGAAGACCAUGGCCAUCCAAGGAGGCCCCACAUAUGACCUCUCCAAGCAGCCAUGGGCACAGCCUGCCAAGAUCAACGACGUGGUGAUGGCCACAUACCGCGUGAUGAAGACCAAGCUGCCUGGCACCAUGCAGAGGCUGUCCCUGUACCUGGCCAAUAGGGACACAGAGUUCAUCCUCUUCAAGCCCGUGCGGAACAACAUCCAGCAGGUGUUCCAGAGGCUACAUGCCCUGCUGCAGGAGGAGUUCAGUGGAGAGGACCUGCAGAUCAUCGCCUGUCCCUCUAUGGAGCAGGUAAACCUGCUGCUGUCUGUGAAUAAGUAGCUCCCAAAUAAGGGCAGGAGGCGGGGCUCCCUCGACAGGGGCGGGACUACAGCCAAACCUGGGGACGGGGCGCAUCGGCGUCCUAUGAACUGCUGCGACCGACGGUGUGGGGGAGGGGCCGUGUCUGGCCUUUGGCUCCGGGGCUGUAGUGAUCCUAGGAUAGAGGUGGAACGGUGAGAACAUCGCUGGUCGGUGUGGAGUCGCACUACCAAAGACUGCUUUGCACUGACUUGCCCGGCUGCCCUGUGUGUUCCCGGCACAGAUCCGCAGGUCGGACUCCGCGGAUGUCCGCCUGGAAAAACUCUAAAUUCCUUGUUACUGAAAUGCAGGGGACUCUUGGGUUUCUGGUGUAGUGAAGGGUGAUCCGUGUAGCUGCUGUGGGUGUCCACAUCACAGGAACGUGUGUGUGUUCUGGGUGAGUGGGGGAUUUAACCAGGCAAAUAUAUGUGAAUCGGUGUCCGGGAUGUCACUCAAUCAGCCUCAGCACCUUAUUGGAGGUCUAAUGCUAAUGGUAAGAAUGGGUACGGUUUCUGUUCUGGUGAGGGGGUUUUGGACAACGUUAGAGGUCAUAUGAUAAAACGCAGAUGAGUCUGUUUUCUGAAUCUUGAGUUUCAUAAACAGUUUAGCCUCAUUUUUGUUGAAAUAAUUGCCUGUGUGAAUGUAGCUAGAUGCAGUGUGCUCUGCAGGGGAGAACACAGGCUUUAACCUCCAGUCCUGCGGGGGGCGCUGUGUCCGCUGGCUUUCUGUGCGUUUUAGCAUCAGGGAUUCAUGCAAGUCACUGAUUGGCAAAAGGGUCCGCACACCUUUUUCUCAAGGCCUGAUUGGCUGAAAAGAAGCCACGCAAACCUGCUGGCACUGCAGCCCUACAGGACAGGAGCUUCACCCUCCUUGCAUACAGGAUUCCUUUGUAAAGUACCUUCGGUGCUCUUUUGAUGCCUGGCUUUCUUUAUUAAGAAAAAAGUGCUUAUCUUGCUGUAUUUCCCCCAUGUUUGUAUUU